AUGGACUACGAUGAAGACUCCCAACCCACGCAAGCGUCGACUGCCGCUGUAGCUACCCAAACAUUGGUCGACCCGAGACGCUUAGGCAAGCAGAAUUCGGGCUUUUCCGAUGAGGAGAUUGCCGACAUCAUAUGCAUUCUCUACCCCAAAUCCGAAAAUGCCCGCCGGGCAGUGGUCGCACUCGAACGAGACAAGUCGAAGCACCUGGUGUCUAGACCAACCGACAGCUCAUCGAACGUAGACUACCUGUUCGAUGACGAUCCGGCUCAGUUCGGCCUCGCGACAGCCGUCUCAGGCAGCCACGUUAUUGCCUUGAGGUUGUCGGCCACCACUAAAGACCCCGCGCAGGGCUUCACAUUCGGCCGUCAUCCUGGGCGAUGCGAUAUAUGCUUGACGCACGACCCGCACAAGCGCCUGAGCAACAUUCAUUUCCGCAUCUUCCUCAACGAGUAUGGCGUGCUUAUGCUUGAGGAUACGUCCACCAACGGUACCGUCGUAGACGAGGUUCUGCUUAAGAAGUCCAAACCCGAACGAUGCGAAACCAAACGGACGCUAAGCAACGGUACUCAGAUCAAGGUGCUUUUGCAUAACAAUGCCAAUGACCUCGUUUUCCUCGUCCAAGUACCCAGGCGCGAAGGGCAGCACGAGGUUAAUUUCAGGCGUAACAUCUUGAUCCACAAACAAAGAGUGCAGGCUCUGGCAGAGGAAGAAGCUGCAACAAUGGUCCCUGGGCCAGCGGGAGGACCUCCCGUCUUGUUUCCGAGAGAGCCCUCGGGCACUGAUAAAAGACCACGGCGGCAUCUGCAGCACGAUGCAACCAUUGACUCGGAUGAGAGGCUACCGCGGGAAUGGACUGGCUCAGAUCGAUACAACCGCGUGGGUCAGAUAGGCAAGGGCGCCUUCGCUACUGUGCACAAGGUCACGUCCAAGUACGAUGGGAGGCCAUAUGCCGCAAAAGAGCUGGACAAGCGUCGCUUCAUGAAAGACGGUGUACUGGAUCAGAAAGUUGAGAAUGAAAUGAAAAUCAUGAGGAGCGUGACACAUCCGAACAUAGUCCGCUACGUUGAUCACCUGGAAUGGGAAAAUCGACUGCUAAUUAUCAUCAUGGAGUAUAUACCCCUGGGAGACCUUGGUGGCCAUGUGCAACGGUACGGUCCACUCACCGAGCGCUUAGCGAUAGCAACCGCGAAGCAGCUGUCGAGCGCCUUGGGCUACCUUCACAGCCACAACAUAACACACCGAGACGUCAAGCCAGACAACAUCCUGAUACAUUCGAGAGAAAACGACACCUUCACGGUCAAACUGACAGACUUUGGGCUGUCCAAAAUGGUCGACAACGAGCAGACCUUUUUGCGGACUUUCUGCGGUACUCUCUUGUACUGCGCCCCUGAAGUGUAUUCGGAGUAUCUGGACUAUGACGAAUACGGAAUACGGCGACCUCACCAGAGACGGCAGCAUAUUGGGCAACGAUACGACCACGCAGUGGACUUGUAUUCUCUGGGCGGUGUUCUGUACUACAGCCUGACAGGAAAGCCGCCGUUUCCCGCGGAUAACGGUGCGGGUUACGCGGCUUUGCUCAAUGCCAUCAUGACACAGCCUCUCAACAUUGCACCAUUAGAAGCCGUGCGCUUGUCGCAUCAAGGCAUCAAUUGUUUGCAGUGGAUGCUAUGGCGGCGACCCGAGCAGAGGGCAACUGUGCAACAAGUGGAAAAUCACGAGUGGCUUGGCGGCACCCUCAUGGGGUUUUCUCAACAUAGCGUUAACACAUCGGAGGAGCUUGGGCAGAAGGCAUCCCAACUCAGCCUGGUAGACAACCAUCAGAGGUCGGACCCUCUUAGCGACGACGAGUUCAUGGACGAGGACGACGAAGUGAUGGAAAUCGACAGGGGCUCGAGCCGAACGUGGUCGGAGAAUGCUAGUGAAAACCGCACUUUUGGUCGACAAGCCCCUCGCUUGUUUGGGGAGGUCAGUGUCUCGGCUAUUGGCUCGUCCGGUGUGAUUCCAGAGAACAGGCUAAAUCUCUCGCUCGGUCAAGCCAUCAACAUGGAGGAUUCCGAUGUGAUUAGAGAUAGUUUCUCGUCCGCCUUGACUGGAAACCAUGUUGAGGAUGGAGCUGAAUCUCAAGCCGACGUAGCGGUGCAGACAGUGAACCAAGCGGCUUUGGAAGCAAAGACUGCUGUCGACUGUUUCGUGGCCGAUAGCCAGGCGUCUGAAAACAGUGCAGAUUAUGAUGCGUCCCGGGAAGACAUCCAACCUGGCAGAACCGGGCACGAUUUGGCUAGUAGCAAACGCCUACUGCCCUUUGAUACGAGUGAUGAAAACCCCGGGAAAGCGAAACCCUCGUUCAAGAGGAUCAAAUCAGACACUGCCUCGGACGAGGCGCUGAUUGCAUCGGUUCCCCCACUUGCAUUCCUCGCCUCGGGAAGGCAAAUCAACAACCCUGUCCCGAAGUCAACGUUUUGGGCGGCUAAUGACAGAACAACGUGGCACCUCGACUACCCCGAGAUGACGCAGUUGCAGCAUGACGCCUUUGUGCAUGCGUCAAAAUCUAGAGGCGAGGACUUUGGCCCGGAAAGCUCCCUCUGGAAGCUGGCAAUGGAGUUCUUUCCUCCUAGUUCAGGGAACAGUCCCGCCUCAGGUGCACGGAAUAUGGGUCCCGACGGGCUCGGUGGUCGACCGGAUGAAGACUCGAGUCCGAUAACAGAAAGUUCCCACUCAAAGGGCAACACCCGUGGCAUAUCCGGGCUGGUUGUUCCAGUCACUGACAAGCGGCUGGCGGCUACUUUUGAAUCGGCCGCCGGAUCUCUCGUGGAGAACAUUUCUGUGCCUGUGGAGGAGACCUUCGUGUCGUUUGGCCGCGCCGAUGAGAAUACCAAUGUCUAUGGCUUCAAGAAGGAAGUCAAGGUGCCUAAGUACGCAUUCAAGCUGAUACUCUGGAGGCCUGGUUUCGAUCCCUCGCGCAACUUCAGGCCAUGGACCUGCGUUCGGGAUGCCGACAAGGCGCAUUUUUACAUUGCGACAAAAGCCACUAACGGGAUUCGUGUCAACGACUUUGUCAUCCCGUCGCAUGAUCACCGGAACCCGACGACUGCAUGCCGUCACUGGGCUCGUCUACACAACGGCGACACUGUCACUAUCUGGGGUGACGACCAGCAGCAAGCCAAGCUCCGGUUCAGGUGCUUCCUUACUGCUUCGCAAGAGCCGCGUGCUCAAGAUGAUUGGCCGGCCGCCUUGGUUUCUGAGAGCGAUGCCGCCAAGCUUGAUGAGGCCUGCACCAAAGCCGAGCGUCGAUAUCCAAAAUUCAUGGAAAUCGACCUUCUUCAUUCAGCAGAGCGCCAGGACCAGCAGCGGCGGGAGCUCAACGUCGAGGCGGAACGUAAGAGAUCAGAAAUAUUUUAUCAGCACAGGGAGGAGGUUUUGAAAGCGUUUACCCAAGUCAGGAGGGAGACGACCCAAUCUUCAGAUUCAUGGGGCUUGGCCCACGCGUAA